UAGAAGAUUAUUUUUCCAAUGUGGGAUAUGUUACACGUUCAUCGACCACCGAUCACGCGUGCAACCUCUCUGCCAUAUAUAAAUACUCCUCUGCUAGUCGACGAAUCUCAGUCAGUUAAGAAUGCGUCCAACGACAACGUUUUCUUGAGUAGAAAGACAAUUUUCUUUGCUUUAAACGUCGUCCACCUUCUAAUCGUUCCAAUUUGGACCCAAAAGAUCUUCUGAAUGAAUUUAAUCAUUCAACUUCUUGUUCUUCUCGUGCAUGGGUCUAAACAAUUCGUUUAUCUUUGUGUUUUAAAAUAAGUGCGCAAGGGUAGUGAACAAAAAAUUGACAACCAAUUGUGCACAAGCGGAUGCAUCAGAUACAAACAAAUUUCUUUUUGCUUUAAUUGAGACAAGAAGAGGGAAAAGAAGAAGAAGAAGGAAAGGGAAAAAUAUAUACACACAAAUAAAAGCAAGAAAAGAUGUUCAAACAAAAGAUUAAAUAUGAUUUUUGCCUUAGGCUAAUUAUCUUGAUCGUAUCGAUCAUGUGUAAUACGGCUCAAGCAAUGACGACUAACAAUGUAAGUCGUCAUCAAAUGCAUCAUCUUCAUCGUACACCCAAAAGGAUGAACUUUUCACGUUCAUUAGAAGCUGCACAAAAUUUCUCUUGCCGAGAACCACAAUUUCGAUCCUACAAUUUAAGGGAUUUGAUGAAGACUGUUCACAGCAAUUCGGAAAUCGUUGAUUUUCCACUUUAUAUUGUUUUGAACAGAUGUGAUGUACAUUCCGGAUGUUGUAAAGCUAUAACUAAAAGUUGUACUCCGAUAGAAUCGCAGAUUUAUUACGACGAAAUAGAAAUUGACAUUAGUAGUAUAGAAACUACUAAGAAGAAAAGAUUAUGGAUAAGAGUUGAACAACACGGUAAAUGUAUUUGUGCGGAUACCAACCCCGAUCAACGCCGGAGUUAUUCGAUCCCGAACAUUGAGAUGAUUUGAUUGAUGUCAUGAACAACAAAAUUGAUUCCUACGUUCCUGUGAAUAAAAAAAAAA